AUGAGCUCAAUAGACCUCUUGUACUGCUCAGAGAGUGAAAAUGUUUAUCAAGUUGUCGCUGAGCCUUCCCAGGACACAGAAAAUAAACUGGAGCUCCUAACCCAAAACUGGGAGAGAUUUGUGGCUAAGGACAAUUUACCCAGGGAGGAGGGAGAGGCAUUACAUGAAUAUCUGAACAGGCUGAAUACAAACUUGAGUGGAAAGGACCCAGAGACACUCAAAGAAGACCAGCUGGACAGAAGGAAGGUUUUGGAGGAGAAAGAAGUGGAGGCAUUAUGUGAAUUUCUGAAUGAAUUGAAGACAGACUUGGCUAUGGAAGACCAAGAGAGAUUCCAACGGGACCUGCUAGACAGGGAGAGGUUUAUAAAGGAGUUUCCUCAAAUUAAACGGAAGCUGGAGAAGAGCAUAAAAAAGUUGCGUGAAUGCGCAGACAAUGUUGACAAGGUGCACAGGGACUGUACCAUCUCCAAUGUGGUAGCCAGUUCCACCAACAUUGCAUCUGGCAUCCUGACCAUCCUUGGCCUGGCUCUGGAACCCUUUACAGCGGGCAUCAGUCUGGGACUCUCAGCCACUGGAUUAGGGCUGGGAGCAGCAGCUGCUGUGACAGGUGUGUCCACCAGCAUCGUGGAACUCGUAAACACGUCAUCAGUAGAAGCCCAACUUGAUUUCCACAGCAUAGCCCAGAAGAUUUCCAGUGGGAAAAGCCUCUAUGAAGCAAAAGAUUUUAGGAAGCAUAUCCGUGCCAUCAGGAUGGCCAAAAGCAACCCUCAGUUAGUAGCUGGGCAAGUCUGUGGCCGAAGCACCCAGCCAGUGAGAGCAGCUUUUGGAGGCAUGGCUCUUGCAAUGACCAGAAGAGCCCGCAUUUGUGGUGGAGUCUCUGCAGGUUUGUUCCUCCCAUUCAACAUAUGGUCCCUGGUGAAAGAUUCACAGGACUUGCAGGGUAGGGCAAAGACAGAAUCUGCUGAGAGACUGAGGGAACAAGCCCAGAAGCUGGAGAUGAAUUUGGAGGUGCUCACCCAGAUCUAUGAGCGUCUGAAGUAG